UUCCUUUACUUCCCUGCCUCGUCUAUCGCUUCCCCACCACAUCACCGCUCCUCUCGCCGUUCCUCCUCGCAUUUCUUCACAAUGGGUGGCCAUCUCGAUCCUAAGAAUGGAGUUUUCCUGGGCUGGUGGGGUGAUCUCGGAUGCCCUACUCCCCAGCGCAUCACCUCCUACGCUAUGUCCCCUAACCGUCAGCGCCCUCUCGCCGGUGCCGGUCACGCCGCCAUCUUCAACGUCUUCCGCAGAUUCAGACACCAGGUCCUCUACGUUGCUCCUCCCUUCAUUGCCGCUUACGCUAUCAUGAACUGGGCCAUUGAGAGGAACGAGUACCUCAACUCCAAGCCCGGCCGCCUUGCCGAGGGUGGUGACGAGUAAAUGUAACGUGCAAGCCAAGGGAUCCUUGGGGGAAGGGAUAGCAUUGGGCAAUACGAAAAGCCUAGAUGUGUGAUUGCACUGU